GCGCACCAGCGGCCACCGCCGACCGGGCCGCCGGGCCGGGACCGGCGCUAGUGUGCACCGGUGGUCCGGCUGGCGCCGAGCCCAGAGCGGACCAGCGGCAGCCCGAGCGCUGCGGCCGCCGCCUCCCCGCUGACCCCGCGAUCUGAGGCUGUCAGAGAUGACUCUGGUUCUGUCCAUGAAUAGAUUCUGCGAGCCCAUUGUCUCGGAAGGAGCUGCUGAAAUUGCUGGGUACCAAACACUAUGGGAGGCUGACAGCUACAGAGGCCAGAGCCCCCCAGGGCCAGCACAGGCUCCUUUGCAGGGAGACCGGGGAGCUGGUCCCCCAUUGGCAGGAUCACAUUACAGGGGAAUUUCAAAUCCUAUAACAACAUCCAAGAUCACAUACUUUAAGAGGAAGUAUGUGGAAGAAGAGGAUUUUCACCCACCACUCAGCAGCUGUAGCCAUAAAACCAUCUCCAUUUUUGAGGAACGAGCCCACAUCCUUUACAUGUCCUUAGAAAAGCUAAAGUUUAUCGAUGAUCCUGAAGUGUACCUCCGAAGAUCUGUCCUUAUAAACAACUUGAUGAAAAGGAUCCAUGGAGAGAUCAUCAUGCAGAAUAACUGGUGCUUUCCCGCCUGCUCCUUCAGUGGCGCCUCUGCCCAGGAGUGGUUUAUGGCUCAAGACUGUCCUUACCGAAAACGACCACGGAUGGCCAAAGAGGAGUGUGAAAAGUUUCAUGCCUGCUGCUUUUACCAAGAAUGCGGUGGUCACUACCUGAAUUUACCCCUUUCUGUCAAUGCGAGUGUGGGAAGUGCCUCCUCCUCUUCUUCCUCCUCCUCCUCCUCCUCUUCCUCUCCCCCUCUGCCUUUGCCGAGUUGUUCCCACCAGGUGGAUUUUGAUGUAGGCGGGGCACCCAUUUACAAGAGUGAUGGCCAGAUACCUGCCAACGAAAUCUUUGUCACUAAUGUCAGGUCGCUUGGUGUUCAGGAAAAGGCCAGGUUAAGUGAGGAGAAAGCGAAUAACACCAGCAGAGAUGGUGACCCCCUCAGCCAUGAACCUGUGGGCAAUGACCUUGAUCUUGAGUGCAAAGGCCAAUUUUAUGAUUAUUUCGAGACUGGAUAUAAUGAAAAAAACAAUGUAAGUGAGUCCUGGAAAAAGUCUUUAAGGAAAAAGGAGCCUUCACCAAGCAACAAACUGUGCUGCAGCAAAGGAAGUAAAAUAUGAACCAUCUUUUCACUGAAACUUGGAAGCAUGCACAGCAUGAUCAAUUAGCUCUCAUAAAUUUUAUUUUGAAUGGAUUUUAUAGUUUUGUACAACUGAUAAAAUUAUGCCAUGAACAUACCGUGUCGUUUAAAUGCCUGGAGAGCAGAUUGCAUAAAACAUCUGUACAGUAGGCAUCAGUGAGCUACUUAUAAAUGUGGUGAUUCUACCAAGAAAGCGGUUGACUUAACACUUAAAAGUUUAUCUUAGUUUUCUUACAGAAAAAGACCAGUAGGUUAGAUUGGGGGACAACCUGCCCUUGUGAUAGUUCCAUGGCCCCCCGAGGAGUCUGUCACUAGCUAAGAAAGUUCAACACAUUUGCCAGUUCAUUAGGUAGAUAUUUGGUAAGCAAAUCAAUAUAACCAGCAAAAGAUGUCUGCUUCUUCAAUAUGAUACAGUAUUUUUUUCUGAAUAAAAGACUGAAGACAAGGAGCUAGAUGAAAUGGCUUCAUGGUGCUGUUAAGUAUUGUAUUUAACAGUCUCUGUGUGACAGAUGAAAAUAGGAUGGAACGGAAUGAAACACCUGUCUAGGGGUGGCAAUCGACACUCUGCGGAGGGUAUUCCCUGCAAGUUCCCAGCUUGCCUGUGAAGGGGGAUGAGGCUUUUAGGGAGGUGGUAUACAGGGCGAUUUUUGGUGCCUUACUUUAUCUUAAUUUUUGCCAAUGUGAAAAUUAAGUAUAAAUCAGAGUUACAGCAGGGAUUUAACAAACAGGAAUAAAAACACAGGGUGGAUCCAUAUGGUUUGGAAACUUAACUUUGAACUAUUGCGUUCAGCUUUUGAUUCGACACCUCUAUUCUUCCUUUAUUUUGGAUGCCCAGUUGCUUUGGGUUUGGCAUUUUUGGAUAGGGAUGGAGGACACAAUAGAGAGAGCUGUUAGGAGCCAGCACUAGCUGCUUGAGCUUUUCUAUGGCAACGGUCUGUUGCUGGAGUCUGGGUUUUCUGGGUUUUGGGUUGUUUUGUUUUGUUUUCUUGUCCAAUGAAGUUCAUGAACCCGUGGCAUGCAUUAUACUUUAAUCUGUUUUGCAUCAUUUCACUCGUUUAGAUUAUAAAAGCAUGUGGUUUUUUAUAUAUGACUUUUGCUGUUGAUUAAGAAGCACAAUGUUAAUAAAUGAUGUGGUGAUCGAUAAGAUUUAUCUUAAAGAAUGUAAAGAUUUUAGUUUUUGGAAAGUUAUUUUGGAGAAAUGGGACAUGGUCUGUAAUCAUUACUGUGUAUUUGACCAACAGUCUUCUCAAUACUAUCUUGAAUUUGUACAUUUGCAAGAGUGUUCAGGGUGACCCUCUGACCAUCCUUCCUUCUACUCCAGCUAACUCCAUCUGUGAAAUGAUAUUCCCAUUGCCAAGGGUACCAAAUGACAUAGGCCUCUUUAAAUAUUAUUUCACAGGAACCAAUGCCAAACAGAGAAAAUAAGUAAGUCCUCCCAGUUUCUCCAAGAUAAAGCUUUUUUUUUUAAUUAUUGCUAUUAAUAUUAAAUAUAGGUCUCAUUCAUACAGUGUAUGAGUAGGAUCAUUUGGACAAUUGUCCACAAGGACCAAUUUUUAAAACAAAUGUUCUUGUGUUAUAGCUAAAUAGUCUAGCAACGUUUUGUCCUUUAUUUUCAAUAUUUGAUAAACAUUUGAUGUUGAAAAUUUAGAUGAUAGAUGCUUGUAUAUGAAUGUGUUGUAAUAAAGUGAGGUUUUCUUGAUAUAUAUUUAUUAAAAUGAUCAAAAUUCAUUAAGCUUUUUAUUUUAUCUUAAUGGUUAUUGGCUAUGGUUCUCUUUUCCAUUAUUCUCUCUCCAUUAAAAAGCUCAAAACACUUAGAAACUGUAGUGGACAGUGACCACAAAGGAAUUUUCAAAAUAAAAGAGUACUUUAAAAGGCCAAUAUUUUAGAAUGGUUGUAGUUUGUAGGUUUAGAUUACUGUUGAUUAAGGAGCACAGUGUUGAUAAAUGAUGUGAUUGAUAAAGUUACAUCUUAAAGAAUGUAAAGAUUUUUGUUUGGGGAAAAUUUCUGAAAAACUUGUAUAACAUGAAGCCAUUAAAUACUGAGCCCUGGGUGUUUUUUUAUGAAAUGUCAAAUUAUUAAGAUAACCCAUAUGUAAAUGGUUUUAACAGCUACAGAUUAUUGCUAGUAGUAUUCCAUUCAAUUUUGUAUUAAUGUUAUUCUUAAAAGCUAAUAUUUUAUUUGAUAAAAGGGAAAGCUAGUUGAAAGCUAAUUAAUUU